CCGGGCCGGUCACGUGGCCCGCGUCAGCUGACCCGUCAUGGCUGGUACCCGCGCCUAAUGGGUUCUGCCGCCCGGAGCGCCCGGCUGAGUGGUCCCGGAGCUUUGGAUCCUGGUGCCCUCUUCCUCUUCUGACAUGGAGGGGCUGCUUCAGAGCGUGGAGAGCGACUUGGGCGUUGACUCCCGGCAGCUGGCACUGGCUCCGGGGGGUGCCUGCGUGGUAGCCCUGGUGCCCGUCCGGUGGCUGGCAAGCCUCCGGGAGAGGAAGGGGCCUCCCGCGCCCUGUCCCCGGGUGGAGGGCUUGGGCGAUGCUGAAACCAGGACCCUCCUUCAGCGCUCGGUGCAGAGACUGCCGGCCGGCUGGACGCGUGUGGAGAUACACGGGCUGCGGAAGCGGAAGCUGGCCUAUCCGCUGGCGCUGGGCUCGGGUCCUCCCUCGGAGGAGCCCUCGGGGGUCCCUGAGACUUUGACCAAAUUUAUGCGGGAUACCGCUGCCCAGAACUACCGCAACCUGUGGCACGGUGCCUACCGUGCCUAUGGGCGACCCUAUCACCGGGGCCCUGCUCCGCCUGAAGCUUCUGCCCUGGCUGCUGUGAGGCAGGCCUUGCAGAAGGUUUAUGGCUGCCCAUUCCUCCCCGUGGGCAGGGCGGCCCAGUGCUCCUCCCCCGCACGGGAGGCUCCCUCCGCUCCCAGGGCGGCCACGGUCUGCCCCAAUCUCCUGCGGGCCGAAGCUCUCCUAGAGUCCCCGGAAAUGCUGUACGUCGUGUACCCCCACGUGCAGUACUGUCUGCACGACGUGGUCACCUUCAGCCCAGCCAAGCUCAGCAACAGCCACGCCAAAGUGCUCUUCCUCCUUUUCCACGUGCUGCAGGCUAUGGAUGCCUGCCACCGACAAGGCCUGGCUUGCGGGGCCCUCUCUCUGAGCCACGUUGCUGUGGAUGAGAAGCUCUGCAGCCAGCUCCAGCUGGACUUGAGUGCUUAUGAAGCCCCUGAGGAAGAGGAAGAAGGGAAACCUAGUGUGAAAAGCAUCAUGGAGGCCGAGCCUCUGAGAACCCCUGAGCCCAGGAAGAGAGAAGGGCCCGGGGACCCCAUUUGCCAGGAAGAGCUUAGGAAGCUGGUGCUAGAUUGGGUCCACGGCCGAAUCAGUAACUUCCACUACCUCAUGCAGCUGAACUGGUUGGCGGGGCGCCGAUGGGGAGACCCCAACUACCACCCCGUGCUGCCCUGGGUGGUUGACUUCACCACCCAGAACGGGCGCUUCCGGGAUCUGCGCAAGUCCAAGUUCCGUCUCAACAAGGGGGACAAGCAGCUGGACUUCACUUAUGAGAUGACCCGGCAGGCGUUUGUGGCGAGCGGCAGCGGCAGCGGUGGAGAACCUCCCCACGUGCCGCACCACAUCUCGGACGUGCUGUCGGACAUCACCUACUACGUGUACACCGCCCGGCGCACGCCCCGCGCUGUGCUCUGUGGCCACGUGAGGGCCCAGUGGGAGCCUCACGAAUACCCGGCCAGCAUGGAGCGCAUGCAGAGCUGGACUCCCGACGAGUGCAUCCCCGAAUUCUAUACCGAUCCCACCAUCUUCCGCUCCAUCCAUCCAGAUAUGCCGGACCUGGACGUGCCAGCCUGGUAUAGCUCAGGCGAGGAGUUCGUGGCGGCCCAUCGGGCGCUGCUGGAAAGCCGAGAAGUCUCCCAAGACCUUCAUCACUGGAUCGACCUCACCUUUGGCUACAAGCUGCAAGGCAAGGAGGCAGUAAAGGAGAAGAAUGUUUGCUUGCACCUUGUAGAUAACCACACGCAUCUGACCAGUUACGGCGUGGUGCAGCUCUUUGACCAGCCCCAUCCCCAGCGCCUGGUGGGACCCUCGGCCCUGGGCCCCGAGCCACCAGUCAUCCCCAGGCCUCUCAUCCAGAGAGUCCGAGAGACUGCUGGCCGAGAAGAUGUCUCCGGCCAGCUGACCGAUGGGCCUAACGGUCUGGUCCUGGAGGCCACACCCUGCGAGGCUUCCUGGGGUGGAGACAGGCCUCUUGGGGGUGAUGAUGACUUGGAACAGGGAACAGAGGCCUUGGACUCCAUCUCUCUGGCUGGCAAAGCUGCUGACCAGUCUUGCCCUUCUUCCUUGCAGGCCUCUGGCCACCCUUUCUCAUCAGCGUCAACGGCACGGCUGGGUCGAAGAAACAAGGCUGCCGGGGUAGACGUAGGAGAGGGGGAUGACGGGAGGAUUGUCCUUCCUGAGGGCUUUAAUCCCCUGCAAGCUCUGGAAGAACUGGAGAAGUUUGGCAACUUUAUGGCCAGAGGCCUCCGUGGCAGAGUGGAGGCCCCAGAAGAUAGCCCAGCCGAGCCGGCCCUGAAGCUCACAGAUCUCCUUCAGAGGGACAUGCAGGCCCUGGGAGUGCUCGUGGCCGAAAUCGUGUUUGCAGCCAGGCUGCGGACGCUGCAGCCUCACGCCCCGUUGAAGGAACGUUUCCUGACCGUACGCGGGCUCUGUUCCCGCUACCCCAAGGAGAUCCCCGUCCCCUUGCAGUCUGUUUUAGAGACCCUCCUGCAGCUGAGCGAGCCUGUGGAACCUGCGCCGCCCGGGGGGCCAGGGAGGGGGCUGCUCUCUGCCUAUAAGCCCAUCUCCCAGGGCCUGCCCCCACCCAGCCCUGCGCAGCUCCUCAGCCCGUACAGCUCGGUUGUCGCCUUUCCCUCUUACUUCUCGUCACUUUACAAGUUCAUCCUCCUGUACCAGACGAGGAAAGUGGAGGACGAGGUUCAGGGGCGAGAGCUGGUGUUUCAGCUGUGGCAGCAGUUGGAUGGCAUCCUGCGGGAGAUCACUCCCGAAGGCCUGGAAAUCCUGCUCCCCUUCGUGCUCUCCUUGAUGUCGGAGCAGCAUACCGCGGUGUACGCAGCCUGGUACCUGUUUGAGCCCAUUGCCAAGGCCCUGGGGCCCAAGAACGCCAACAAGUACCUGGUGAAGCCGCUGAUUGGGGCCUACGAGAACCCCGGCCACCUGCACGGCCGAUUCUACCUGUACACGGACUGCUUUGUGGCCCAGCUGAUGGUUCGCCUCGGGCUACAGGCCUUCCUUUCCCACUUGCUGCCCCACGUGCUUCAGGUCCUGGCUGGGGUGGAGACUUCUCAGGAGGAGACCAAGUGCCUGGGGGGGGUGGCAGAGGAUGAGGAGAUUGAGGACGGGGAAGAGGGCCCGGGUCCCUGCAGCUUUGGCGAGGCCAUCCAAAUGGAAGGGGACCCGGGCUCAUCAGGGCUGGGCCUCCUAGACUACACGUCGGGCGUCAGCUUCCACGACCAGGCCGACUUGCCAGAGAGCGAGGACUUCCAGGCGGGGCUGUACGUGUCGGGGUCUCCCCAGCCUCCGGAGCCCGAAGCUCUCAGCCUGGGCCGGCUGAGCGACAAGAGCAGCCCCAGCGAGGCGUCCCUGGGGGAGGACCGGCCUGGGGACGAAGCGGGGCUGCCACGGGAGAGGAGCAGUCAGGAUCUGAAGCAGAGUGAGGGGUCAGAGGACGAGGAGGAGGAGGAGGCGGAGGGCGCGGGGCUGGGGGGCCAAGCGGGGGAGGAGGACGAAGAAGAGGAACAGGACGGUAGCCCAGUGGCGGCCGAGCUCCCCCUUUCAGAGACAGGUGCCUCAGUGGAUGCCGGUCUGCCCAAUGACAAUGGAAAUGGGGAGGAAGAAGACCUGGCGGACCAGUCUGAAGACAAAGAACAAAAGAUUCUCCUGGAUACCGCCUGCAAGACGGUCCGCUGGCUCUCCGCCAGGCUCGGCCCCACCGUCACGUCCCGCUAUGUGGCUCGGAACCUUCUGCGCCUGCUGACUUCCUGCUAUGUUGGUGCCACGAGGCAGCAGUUCAUGGGGAGCAGCGGCAGCGACGCGAGCCCCUUGAACUCGGGCAACAUCUACCAGAAGCGUCCGGUCCUGGGAGACGUGGUGUCGGCCCCCGUGCUGAGUUGCCUCAUGCAUGUGGCCUGCCUUUACGGGGAGCCCGUCCUCACCUACCAGUACCUGCCCUACAUCAGCUACCUGGUGGCUCCUGGAGGCGGGGGAGGGCCCAGCCGCCUGAAUAGCCGCAAGGAGGCGGGGCUGCUGGCCGCAGUGACCCUGACCCAGAAGAUCAUCGUCUACCUCUGUGACACCACGCUGAUGGACAUCCUGCCCCGCAUCAGCCACGAGGUCCUCCUGCCUGUGCUCAGCUCCCUGACCUCGCUCGUCACAGGGUUCCCCGGGGGUUCCCAGGCCCGGACCGUUCUGUGCGUGAAGACCAUCAGCCUGAUCGCACUGAUCUGCCUGCGCAUCGGGCAGGAGAUGGUGCAGCAGCACCUCAGCGAGACGGUGGCCACCUUCUUCCAGGUGUUCUCCCUGGUGCACGAGCUUCAGGGCCAGGCGCCGAGGCCAGAGGCCCCCAGCCCGGGCGAGGGCCGGGUGCUGGAGCUGCCCUUCUCGGACGGGCGGCCGCGCCCCGUGGACCUGGCCCUGCUGGACGAGCUGCAGAAGGUGUUCACUCUGGAGAUGGCCUACAUGACUUACGUGCCCUUCUCCUGCCUGCUGGGUGACAUCAUCCAGAAGAUCGUCCCCAACCACGCGCUGGUGGGGCAACUGGCAGGGCAGUAUUUGGAGAGCGCCAGUCCCGUGGGCCAGGACCCGAUGAACUUGGCCCCCAUGCCCAGUGCCUCCCCGGAGCAGGACGCACAAGGCAGGGGGGGGAGCCACGAUGACGUCCACUCGGGCACUUUUGGGAGUGUCCUGGUGGGCAACCGGAUCCAGAUUCCCGUGGACCCCCAGCCUGAGAACCCGGGGCCCCACGGCCCGAGCUCAGGCGCACCCGGCAGCGGCGGGGGGCUCUGUGACGGGGGCGGGGAGGAGAACUCCCUGAAGCGGGAUCUGCCUCGAGGGGCCCACGGACUGAGCGGAAACUGGCUGGCCUACUGGCAGUACGAGAUCGGCGUCAGCCAGCACGACGCCCACUUCCACUUCCACCAGAUCCGGCUGCAGAGCUUUCUGGGCCACGCGGGGGCCGUGAAGUGCGUGGCCGCUCUGGGCAGCGAGGACUUCUUCCUGAGCGGCAGCAAGGACAGGACGGUCCGGCUCUGGCCGCUCUACAACUGCGGCGACGGCACCAGCGAGACGGCGCCCCGUCUGGUCUACGCCCAGCAUCGCAAGAGCAUCUUCCACGUCAGCCAGCUGGAGGCCUCCCAGCAGGUGGUGAGCUGCGAUGGCGCCGUCCACGUCUGGGACCCCUUCACAGGGAAGACGGUGCGGACGGUGGAGGCUUGGGACAGCCGGGCACCCUGGACCGCCGUGGCCGUCAUGCCCGCCCCCCACACCAGCAUCACCCUGGCCAGCGCCGAUUCCACCCUGCGGUUCGUGGACUGUCGGAAGCCUGGGCUGCAGCACGAGUUCCGCCUGGGGGGCGGCCUGAACGCCGGCCUCGUCCGAUCGCUGGCCAUUAGCCCCAGUGGCCGGAGCGUCGUAGCGGGCUUCUCCUCGGGCUUCAUGGUGCUCCUGGACACCAGGACCGGACUUGUCCUUCGAGGGUGGCCGGCUCACGAGGGCGACAUCCUGCAGAUCAAGGCGGUGGAAGGGAGCACCCUCAUCAGCUCCUCCUCGGACCACUCCCUGACUGUUUGGAAAGAGCUGGAACAGAAGCCCACCCAUCACUACAAGUCCCCGUCCGACCCCAUUCACACCUUCGACCUCUAUGGCAGCGAGGUGGUGACGGGCACCGUGGCCAACAAGAUUGGCGUCUGCUCCCUGACGGAGCCGCCCUCGCAGGCCACCACCAAGCUGAGCUCCGAGAACUUCCGGGGCACACUCACAAGCCUGGCCGUGCUGCCCACCAAGCGCCACCUCUUGCUGGGCUCGGACAACGGGGCCAUCCGGCUCCUGGCCUAGGCGAGGGCCGUGCUUGGGACGGGGCAAACGCGGCCUCUUUCUCCACUUUGGUGACGUCGCCCAUCUCUCUCCCCCAGCCAGCGCGGCGUUCGGGCUCCCAGGGCACGUCCCGGGUGGCCGAAGGGCCGCCGGGCUCCAUGCCAUCCGUGCCUGACGCCAAAGAGCGGAGCCCUAGGCCCGAGCCCCGCCUCCUGCGGCACCCGCUGAGCCCCUCGUCCCGGGGCCACCUUCUGGCCGCCCGUCCUCCGGGCCGAGACCCGGGAGACCCAGGGAAGCCUUGAUUUGUGCCUUGGGUGUCACUUUGCUGGCCCCUUCUCCCACCCCGAGGCGGAGGCUGGAGGACGCGGAGGCUGCUCCUUAGCCCGCCCUCACUGGCCCCGGCCGAAGACGGGCUGCCCCCGUGCCCUGAAGGAGCGGCCCCCACAGGCCACGACCGCCAGGCCCUCCCCUCGGGCCCUCGCCAGGAAGGCUCCUGCCAGUCUGCACCCCAGGAGGAAAGGCAGGGCAGGGGGUGAGGGACGAGCAUGGCGGUGGCUUGGACAGACUGGCUUGUGCUGCUGGUGCUGAUCUCUGACCAAGACCUCCCAGGAGCUUUGGCCCAUAUGGGGGUCUCGUCUGGGAUGGGCUCGGGGGCGCGGUCGCUCCCAGAGGUUCUUGUCGGUCCCUCUCCUAUCUGGUUUGGGGCAACACAGGGGAAGAGAGGAAAUGGGGUAAGAGGGGAGUGGGGUCAGGUUUGGCUUUCUAGCCAGCCCGGGGAUCCUGUCUCCUGCACCUCCUUUCAGCCCCCAUCCCCCAGGGAUCCCCUAGCAUUCUGUGCCUUGAGCUGGGACGGCAGUUUCGGGACCCCCGCCCCAGAGGCCCUUGGCCGUCAGGCCGGGGAAGAGGUUCCCUCGGUCCCAGGAACGUCGCACAGGGCGGCACUCCCAGAGCCCGGGACAGGGGAGCCGGGCGCCUCGUGCUCCAGCCUCCCACUCAUUCUUUGCAAUACGUGUAAAUAUGACAAUAAACACUUUGGAAGAGCCA